UGUUGAUCUGCGCACAAGUGCAAGCGCAGGCGAGCCGUCAACACCGUGUCGGCCAUUUUGGCAAUUCGCAUUUCGAAUUAAAUUGUGUUUAUUCUUUAUUUUGUGCCAGGAUGGCGACCACAGUGCCAUAUAACACGAUGUCGACGUCGGAGCCGCUGUUUAAGAAGUGCUGCUUCUGUUUCCCCUUGAGGACUGGAUGCCUCAUCUUGGGGUAUUUGAACCUGGCCUUCAACUUACUUUACACCCUGGGCAUCCUGGGGCUGAUAGUAACCAUUGGCAUCGCGACCGAUAACUUCGAACACUUCGAACGGUUCAACCGGCAACCAUACGAUAAUUUAGAAUCAACUCCUGAAGUGGAGUCGGUGUAUCCUAGUCUCUACCAGUUCGUUAUACUGCUGAUAGUCAUUGUGUGCUCCAAUGUCGUGUGGUUAGCAAUCAACAUAGCAUGCCUGGUUGUACUGCACAAGAAACGUCCAGGCCCGGUCCGCAUGUUCGUGGGCUUCGCGACCGCCCACCUCCUGCUGACGCUCGCUGGCUUCGUCUUCUACGUUAUAAACUCCAACAGACAAGCCAUCAUAAACCAUAGCAUUGAUUUUGUUCUAACGGCAUGUUUCGUCCUGGUAUACUACGUGUACGCGACUCAGCUGACGAGGGUCCAGGAGGAGGCUCCGGAAGAGUCCCCUAGUGCCCCAUCUGAUAUUAUAGCCUACAUCAUUCCACCCCUGGUGGACAAGAAGACCCUGGUUGACAAGAAGACCCUGGUUGUCUAGAUUAAACCUAGUCAUAAGCAUGCAAAGCCUUAGGGCUAUAUUUCACCGGGACACCAUGGCGGCGCCGCAACCAGUCGCCGCUACCAACAAAAUGUAUACAGCUUUGCGCAACCAAACGGACACCAGGUGUGUAACUCUCUAUAGAGCUGUAUACAUUUUAUUGGUAGCGGCGACUGGUUGCGCCGCCAUGGUGUCCCGGUGAAAUAUAGCCCUUAGUAUUCAAGUACUAGAGAAGAUGUUUAGAAUAAAAAUUUGCCACAUUUGGUGUGAUAAAUGAGAAAGAAACAAAAUGAAUGUGCCUCGAGACAAAACUGUUUCUCGCAUAAAGAAAAUGCAGAUCAAAGCAGGUAUUUGACUAAUGCUGGUUUUCUUUACUCAGUCUCAAUCAAAAUCCGUCUGUCAACUGUCAAAUUUUAAUUUGGUUUUGGUCAAAAUACCCUUGGUUUGUUAAGUUUUUACUUUUCGCAUUGUUCAUAAGACUAUUUAAAUAAUAAGAACGUGUAAUAGCAUCCAAAAUAGUGGAUGUUUAAUCGAAAACAGAUUCCGAUUCGACUGUUGUCGGACGGAUUUGGAUAGGUAAGGAUUGAUUAUAGAAAUCCGGUACUAAGGUAGGUACUAAUGAGGUUAAAUACUACCCUAGUGAAUCACAAUCUUUGUUUUGAACAGCUUGUCUGGUACUGUAGCUACAUAGAAGUUUUUGUGAAAAUGUAAAAUAAUUAUUUAUGCUAGAGUUCACCGAGGUCUUUUUUGAGGUAUUAGAUAGGCAUAAUACUUCAAUCGGCGGCGAACUCGAAAUAAAUCUCAAUGAUAUAAGAAAAGUUAUUUAAGUUUAAUGUGAUAAUUUUAUAUUUGAAUUACAUAUUAUCCCACUUUGUAUUGCAAUAAAACUAUAUUAAGAAGCAUAAAACAAACUGCUUGACCAAAAUCGUGAACCCAAAAAUAGUGUAGUGGUCAAGAAAUUUAAUUACUAUUAAUUUAAAAUAUUGUUGUAUGAAGUUUGAAAAUUUCAAGUUUGUAAGUUUUAAUACAAAAUAUUUGUCUUAAAAUA